UCUUCUCCACUGACCCAGAGAACAGAGUGAGGAAGAAAGGAACAGAGAAAGAAAAGGAGGAAAAUAGUGGAGUGAAGGAGAGAAAGCAGAGAGACAAGUGGAUUACCCUUUCCUGGAGGAAGCUCGUGCUGAAGAGUGAGAGGGACAAUAGCAGGCACACUUUUCCCAGUGCCUCAUCUUCUCCUGCAUACGUCUCCAGCUUAGUGUGUGUGUGUGUGUGUGUGUGUGUGUGUGUGUGUAUAUAUCGUGCAGUCUGUUUGGCCAGACUUUAGCUGGUGGAUCUAUCUGGCGGUGCUGAAGCCAUGGUGCUGGCCAGCAGGGCAGCAAGGAGAGAGGGCACUUCAUCCGGGGCUCUUGCCUCCCUCUUCAGAGUCACUCUGCUCUUUUUUGGGCUUUGGGAUGUCCAGACGCAAACAGUCACCAACACCAAACCCACCUACAUCUGGCAAACAGGGCCAUGGGGAAGGUGUAUGGGCAGCGAGUGUGGUCCAGGAGGAAGUCAAAGCCGGGCAGUAUGGUGUGCCCACUCCGAGGGCUGGACUACAUUACACACCAACUGCCUUCAGUCAGAACGGCCCAGCAACCAGCAGAGCUGCUUCCGUGUGUGCGAUUGGCACAAAGAGCUGUAUGACUGGCAGCUAGGGGCAUGGAACCAGUGUAUGCCUGUUUCCAUGCGCAACGUGGGCAUGCCAAGGCCAAUGGUGUGCUCGCGGGGCGAGGAGGGCAUCCAGACCCGAGAGGUGGGCUGCGUGCAUAAGGCGGAUGGUGUGUCUGCAGAAGAUGCCAUCUGUGAGUACUUUGAGCCCAAGCCACGAUUAGAGCAGGCCUGUCUUAUCCCCUGCCCACGUGACUGCGUUGUUUCCGAGUUCUCUCCAUGGACGUCCUGCUCCAAGAGUUGUGGGAUGGGCCUACAGAACCGCAUACGGUCUGUUCUGGCCCCACCCCUUUUUGGCGGAUCAGCUUGCCUGAACCUCACAGAGUUCCGCACCUGCCAGCCCGGACCUUGCAAGGGCCAGGAGAGCUUCUACAGUCUGAGGGUGGGCCCUUGGGGCCCCUGCACCAUUUCACCUGUGCGGCAGAUCCGAGAAGCCCGAGAGCUAAAAGCAGAACGGAAAGCAAAACAGGACAGGCAGUCAAGGCAAGACCGCCAGGGCAAACGUCGCAAGAACAAAAAGAAAAAAGAGUUGAAGGAAAACAAAGGAGAACGUGUGAGGGAAAGGGUGAAGGAGAAAGGGAAGGUGAGGGACCCAGAGACACGAGAGCUCAUCAAAAAGAAGAGGACGAGGAAUCGUCAGAACCGGCAAGGAUUGAAGUUUUGGGACCUGCAGGUGGGCUUCCAGACCCGGGAGGUGACGUGUGUGCACCGAAGCGGAAGCCCGGCAGCGCUCAGCCUUUGUAACCAGCAGACUCUCCCGGUGACAUACCAAGCCUGUGUCAUCCCCAAGGACUGUGAGUUGUCGGAUUGGUCGGACUGGUCGGACUGUUCAAAGGAAUGCUAUGAUCUAAAUGGACGCAAGGGACGGUACACACGCACACGUCAGGUGCAGCAGUUCCCUGUGGGUGGAGGAGCAGUGUGCCCUGAGCUGGAGGAGAGCGAGCCAUGUUUACCGCAUGGAGAAGGAAUCCCUCCAUGUGCAGUGUAUAAUUGGAGAACCACAGAGUGGAGCGAUUGCAGAGUAGACGUGCUCCUCAGCCAACAGGACCGUCGCCGGAGCAACCAGACUGGGCUCUGUGGAGGAGGGGUUCAAACCAGGGAGGUCUACUGCAUUCAAGUCCCCUCGGAAACCUCAUCUAACCUUAGCUCCCUCAAGAACAAAGACGCCUCUCGUCCAGUGGACAGUGACCUAUGUUUGGGAGUUCCUCCUAACACCACUCAGCUGUGCCAUAUACCCUGCCCUAUGGAAUGUGAGGUGUCUUCUUGGAGCGCAUGGGGGCUCUGCACCUUUGAAAACUGCCAAGAUCAGUCCACCAAGAAAGGUUUCAAACUUAGGAAAAGGAAAAUAAUGAAUGAGCCCACAGGUGGGACAGGAAAUUGCCCCCACCUGACUGAAGCAAUUCCCUGUGAGGAGCCCAAUUGCUAUGAUUGGCUGCUGGUGAAGCUGGAAGAGUGUGUGCCUGACAAUGACAAAGUAUGUGGACCAGGAACCCAAAAUCCACAAGUACAAUGUGUCAACAGUGACGGUAAAUAUGUGGACAGACAGCUCUGUCGGGAUGCCAUCCUCCCCAUGCCUGUGCUGUGUGAGGUGCCCUGCCCAAAGGACUGUGUGCUCAGUCCCUGGACUACCUGGUCUCUGUGCUCCAACAGCUGCUCAGGGAAAAACACAGAGGGCAAGCAGACCAGAGCACGCUCCAUUAUGGCCUACAAUGCUGGGGAAGGUGGGGGUCAGUGCCCAAACAGCAGUGCCUUGCAGGAGGUGCGUAACUGUAAUGAUCAUCCCUGCACUGUGUACCACUGGCAAACGGGACCCUGGGGUCAGUGCAUAGAGGAUACCUCCGUUCCUCCUGCCAACAGCUCGCUCAGCCGCAGCGGAGCAGGAGUCGGCACUAAUGAGGAGUUCUGCUCGGUAGGGAUGCAGACACGGAAAGUUAUCUGUGUCCGGGUCAAUGUAGGCCAGGUGCCACCUAAAAAGUGUCCAGAGAGCCUGCGUCCAGAGACAGUGAGACCAUGUCUUCUGCCCUGUAAGAGAGACUGCAUCAUCACUCCGUACAGUGAUUGGACACCUUGCCCCUCCUCAUGCCAGACAGGAGGUGCCAUCAUAAAGAAACAAUCCAGGAAACGCAUCAUUGUUCAGCUUCCGGCCAAUGGGGGCCAGGACUGCCCAGAAGUGCUCUUCCAGGAAAAGGAAUGUGAUGCCUCAUCUUUUUGUCCAGGCUACAGGUGGAAAACUCACAAGUGGCGUAGAUGUCAGUUGGUGCCUUGGACCAUUCGGCAGGACACUCCUGGAGCUCAGGAGAUCUGUGGGCCAGGACUACAGACUAGAGCUGUCUCCUGUAAGAAGUUGGAUGGUGGACCAGUAGAUGUUUCAGCCUGUCUCAAGUUUGCUGGUCCUAUGCCUCAACUCACUCAAUACUGUCAGCUUCCAUGCCAGAAUGACUGCCAGCUGACUAACUGGUCCAAAUUCUCAUCCUGUGCUGCUGAUUGUGUGGGCGUUAGAACCAGGAAAAGGAUGCUUGUUGGUAAAAGCAAAAAGAGAGAGCAAUGUAAGAACACCCAGAUGUACCCUCUGAGUGAGACCCAGUACUGCCCCUGCAACAAGUACAACGCCCAGCCGGUGGGGAAUUGGUCCGACUGCAUCCUGCCCGAGGGUGGCCGUGUAGAGGGUCUUUUGGGUAUGAAAGUGCAAGGUGAUAUCAAGGAGUGUGGCCAGGGCUACCGAUAUCAAGCCAUGGUGUGCUAUGACCAGGAUAACCGCCUUGUAGAGACGUCACGCUGCAACAGUCAUGGUUAUAUUGAGGAAGCUUGUAUUAUCCCCUGCCCAUCUGACUGCAAACUCAGUGAGUGGUCAAACUGGUCUCGAUGCAGUAAGUCUUGUGGCAGUGGAGUCAAAGUACGAUCCAAAUGGCUUCGAGAAAAACCUUAUAAUGGCGGAAGACCCUGCCCCAAACUGGACCAUGUGAAUCAGGUGUAUGAAGUGGUUCCGUGUCUGAGCGACUGUAGUCAGUAUGUCUGGGUGGCUGAGCCGUGGAGCGUCUGGAAGGUCAGCAGUGUUGAUCUGAAGGAGAAUUGCGGUGAAGGUGUACAGACGAGGAAAGUAAGGUGCAUGCAGAACACUGUUGAUGGGCCUUCAGACCCCGUAGAGGACUAUCUCUGUGAUCCAGAGGAAAUGCCUCUUGGGGCCAGAGAAAGAAAACUUCCCUGUCCAGAGGACUGUGUUCUGACCGAUUGGGGCCCUUGGAGUCUAUGCCCAUUACCAUGCAAUGCAAACAGUACAAGGCAGAGGACUGUCAGCCCUAUCCGUCAGCCUGGUGAAGGAAAACAGUGUCCUCCAACAACAGAGAAGGAACAAUGCACCAUGAACACCAACUGUUUCCAUUACUCUUACAAUAUUACAGACUGGAGCACAUGUCAGCUGAGUGAACGAGCGGUGUGUGGGGUUGGAUUCAAGACACGCAUGUUGGACUGUGUUCGCAGUGAUGGCAAAUCUGUGGACCUCAAGUUUUGUGAGGAGCUUGGACUUGAUAAAAAAUGGCAGAUGAACGCUUCCUGUGUUGUCGAGUGCCCCGUCAACUGCCAGCUGUCUGAUUGGUCAUCUUGGUCUGAAUGCUCUCACGCCUGUGGCCUUGCAGGAAAGCUCUGGAGGAGGAGAACUGUGAUCCAGGCCUCUCAGGGAGAUGGAAGACCAUGUUCUUCACAACUGGAGCAGUGGAAACCCUGUCCUGUUAAACCCUGCUACAGCUGGAGAUACAGCGCUUGGUCUCCUUGCAUGUCUGAGGGUGCACAAUGUGGAGAGGGUCUUCGGUUCAGGAAUGUGUCCUGCUUUGUGACUGACGGUUCUGGGAAGGAUCAAGGCAGUAUGGUUGAUGAGGAGCUGUGUGGAGACCUGGAGCAGGCAGUGGAUGGAGACAAACAGAUCAUCCUGCAAGAGUCCUGCACGGUGCCCUGCCCAGGUGAGUGUUACCUGAUGGACUGGACUGCAUGGAGCCCGUGUCAGCUGAGCUGUAUCAGCGGGAACGAUUUGGGAUUUGGUUCUGUGCAGGUGCGUUCUCGUGCUGUUGUAGCUCAGGAACCCGAGAAUCUUCUGCAGUGCCCAGAACAGGAAUGGGAAGCCCGACCAUGUACAGAGGGCCAGUGUUAUGAGUACAAAUGGAUGACUGGUGCAUGGAAAGGCUCAUCUCGACAAGUCUGGUGCCAGCGCUCAGAUGGAUUAAACGUCACAGGUGGAUGCCCAUUGACAAGCGAGCCAGUGGCAGACAGAUCAUGUGACCCGGCCUGUGACAAACCUCGCUCAUACUGCACUGAGGCUGGCAUAUGCGGCUGUGAAGAGGGUUAUACUGAGGUCAUGACAUCAGAUGGAGUGCUGGAUCAGUGCACGGUCAUACCAGUGCUUGAGAUCCCCACUGCCGGAGACAGCAAAGCUGAUGUGAAAACGAUCAGAGCCCUGAACCCCACCCAGACCACCGCCAACCUGCCAGGUCACUCUGGUCGCACCUGGUUCCUGCAACCCUUCGGACCCGAUGGCAAACUGAAGACCUGGGUUUAUGGUGUGGCAGCUGGAGCUUUUGUACUGCUUGUGUUCAUUGUCUCUAUGACUUACUUAGCCUGCAAAAAGCCAAAGAAGCCCCAGAGAAGACAGAUGAAUAACAGACUCAAGCCUCUGACUCUGGCUUAUGAUGGUGAUGCUGACAUGUAGCCUAACCGCAUCUGCUUGUACUAGAGAUACCCGCAUCCCUCCACAGUUGGCUACCGGUUCAAAGCCUCAAACAAAGAGACUCACGCAAACUUAUGGACUUCAUUUUAUAAGACGCUCUUAGAACCUCAGUGAGACUCUAUUCAUGUUUAUAUGAUAUUUCUCCCUCCUCCUUUUUUACGUUCAAGUUUUUACUUUCUUUCACGAGAGCCUUCACAAAUUAUGAUCUUCUUUAGGUAGUCUGCCUUCACCUCUCUGCCGUUGACAUCUUUCUAUAUAAACUUGUCUGUCAGGAGGAAAGUUGCAGGACCCUUUUAAAUAGAGAGGUGUUUGCUGAGAAAGCACAAAAUACGCCCUUCUCUUUUAUAUCACACUCUUGUCAGUUUCUGCAGUGUUUUGACUGUUAAUGCUGAGACAGACAUUGUAGGUAGCUGUUGGGACGUGUCUUGUUCAAACAAUUUAAAUACACAGUUUUGCAUUUUCAGCCCUGAAAUAUGCUCGAAUUUCUGCUGGAUCCUUCUCCGCAUCAAUAUUUUGUGGUAAGAAGUAUUGAAAUGAGCAGAUUCUAUGGGCCUCUAGCACCCCCAUAAACACUCUGGCCUGCCUUUCCCCUUCUCUGUAUUCAGGCUCUAUUUUGCACUAUAUUAGUGCAGCAUGAACAUUUACUUAUAUAGCAUUGCCAUAUAAAGCUGCCUCUCCCGAAACAGGAUGAUGUACAUUCUUGUGCUAGAAAUGUUUCUUAUAAAGAGAGCGAGAGAAAACAAAAGUAGCCCUUUUACUUCUGACAAAACUCACCAAUGUGUUUAUACAUACUUGUUUACUGGUUAACUCUUGUUUGUGAUAAUGGGGCACUGUUGAAAAGAUUAAUUGUAGACUCCACAAAACCCCCUGUUGUAUGUACAGUUACAAUCAGAGAUGUGUUGCUUUCUUUGCCUAAUUGACUUAAUGUGUAUUAUUCAAUGGUUCUUUUCACCUUAGAGAUCUGGGUUGGUGAAGUUUUCCAUGUCUUUCUUCUUGGAUUCAAAGGGCUCUGUGUUCACAGUCUGAGUGCUUUUAACAGUAUGAUGUUUGUUUUCAAGUAUUGCUCAUCCUUCUGUGUCUAUGUAAACCUAUUCUGUUUGCAGUCUAUUUAACAUGGCUACCUAACACAACAACGGCGUGCAAAUCCAGAUCAGCUACACUCCAAAAACCAAAGCUCUGAUAUUCAAAGAUUCAGUUUGGCAGUAUUAUCUCUGGUUUAAAAUAUCUGAGGUUUAAAAUAUCUCAUUAACUCAUAACAGGAAGUUUGAUCAAACUCCUAUGGUUUGUGCUUGCACAUUACAUGUGUUUGUAAUGUUCAAUUUUGAAAGGAAAAAGGAAAGAAAAUAGAAAAGUUAUAAUUAUCACACCAGGAAAGCCAUGAAAGUGCAUGUUGUACAUCAACAGAAUUGGUUAAGUGGAUGAUAUGUGGAUUCAGAUGUGACUGAAACAGUCGUCAGCAUCACCAACCAACUAAAAAAUGGGUUAAUAAGCACAAAUAAGUAGAUUAGGGCCAGUAUUCCCAGAAACCAUAUCUACAGUGAAUGAAAUAUGGGCACUAUUGAUCUCUAAAGGCAUAUCAUGAAAUUUACUUUAAAUUAUCUACAACGGGUGAAAGGAAUGUUUACUUUUGUAUAUGUUAAUACUUGUUUUGUUAAUUUGUAAAUACACAAAUUAUCUUUUAUUUAAUGAUUUCUUUAUUAUAUAUACAUUUGUUCAUGUAUUUUUUACUUUACAAAGUGUUAAGUAUAAACCUCUCAAAGUGUGUGUGUGUGUGUGUGUGAGUGAGAGAGAGAGAGAGAGAGAGAGAGAGAGAGAGAUACUGAUGUUACUGACCUUCGCUGGGGCGAGCCAGCUUACUGUGUGAAAAUGUUGCUUUCUUUUCCUACAGGUUGUUUAUACUGUAUGUGUCUGAUGAAUUGCUGAUAAUAAACAAGAAAAACA